AUGGGAAAGGCCGAUAUUGGAACUGCAAAGUAUCAAUCAAAACAGUUGAAAGCAUCCGGCUUACAAAGAUUACGCUUUUAUUGUCAAAUCUGUGAAAAACAAUGCAGAGAUGCAAAUGGGUUUAAAAAUCACAUAAAUUCGUUAUCACAUCAAAAAAAAAUUACGUCAUUGAAGGAUGGUGGUUCAAGUAUAAUAGAGGAAUAUUCCAGUCAAUUCUUAAAUGAUUUCAUAAAGUUGUUGAAGAUAAACCAUGGUACGAAGAAGAUAAAUGCAAAUAAAUUCUAUCAAGAGUAUAUACUAAAUGAUAGAGAUCAUGUACAUAUGAAUUCAACAAAAUGGUCUUCAUUGACUCAAUUUGUGAAAUUUUUAGGCACCAAGGGAUAUGUUAAAGUCGAACAACCUGAAGCCGAUACCGAUACAGAAUUUAAUCUAGUCAUAAGGCUUAUUGACACCGAAUAUUAUCAGAAACAACAAGAGUUAUUGCAAAACCAAAAGAAUUUGAAAACAGAGGAGCAGAUGUCGAUGAAGUUAAUAAAUGAUCAAAUUAAGAAAAGCCAAGAGUACAUGAAUCGACAUAAGCAAGAAUUUAAAGAGGAAUCGAAGCCAGACAACAUAAACACGAACCAGCCUAUUAAGGUAUCAUUGAAGCUGUCUAUAUCGAAAAGACCAAAGGUUAGAUCGGCUUUUGGUAAUGACAGCGAAAGUGAAGGAGAAGAAGAAGGAGAAGAGGAAGAAAGAGGAAGUCAAUUGAAAAGAAAAAAUAAUACAAAGAUCGGUGAGAUAACUAAUAGACUAGGUGUAAAAUCAAAACGUUGA